CAUUACAUUCCCCCCACUGGAAUUUACAUGUAGUCCCCCGUGCUGUCACCUUCCUGCCCCGGACAGCCAAGGAAUAUACUGCAUAUGAGAGCACCAGGGAUAUAACUGGUGUAUUUGGGCUUGGGUGGUGCGGCGGAAGGAUACCUUGCACGGACAGUAAGGAAGUGAGACUGUCCACUUUUCGCGCCUUUUUGGCUACGCAAGGUGUUGUGGGAAAGAGCUGGGCACCGGCACCAGCUGCUCAGGACAGUGAUUGCGGCUGCUGUAGGAGUGUGGCCGUGACCGGCGCAGACACCGCGGGGAUGCAGAGGGAUGAAACCGACCCGGAGUCCUCUAGCUCCUCGGACGGGGGCCCCGGAGAGCGGGUGCGGGAGCAGCUGGAGGUUCUGUGCGGGGAGCUGAACCUGGACCAGGAGACGGCGGCGGAGACUAUGAGCAACUUCACCAAGACUUGGAGCACGUACAGCCUGGAGGGGGAAGUAAAGCACUGGUUGGCAUGUGCUUUAUAUGCUGCUUGUCGAAAAGGUGUAAUUCCAACUGUUGGAAGAGGUAUCAUGGAGGGUAAUGGAGUGUCCCUUACACGUAUUCUCCGCUCUGCCAAGUUAAGUCUGAUACAGUUCUUCAAUAAAAUGAAGAAGUGGAUGGACAUGUCUAACCUUCCCCAUGAGUUCAGAGAACGAGUUGAAAGGCUGGAGAGAAAUUUUGAAGUUUCCACUGUAAUCUUCAAGAAGUUUGAACCAAUAUUCAUGGAUAUAUUUCAUAAUCCUCAUGAAGAGCCUCCAAGACUCCCCAGAAGCAGAAAGCAAAGGAAAUUGCAGUGUAAUGUUAAAGACCUCUUCAACUUCUGCUGGACCUUAUUCGUAUAUGCAAAGGGCAAUUUUAGCCGAAUAGGAGAUGACUUGGUUAAUUCUUAUCACUUACUUCUGUGCUGCCUGGACUUGGUUUAUGUUCACACUUUGCAAUGCCCCCAUAAAGAUGAUUUGCUGAAUCCAUCAUUCAAAGCAAAGCUACAUGCUUCAGAUGACUGUGAUGAGGAUCUCCCUUGCAUUAUCAGUUCACUGUGUGACUAUUACGAUGGACUUACAGUGGAAGCCAAAGGAAUUAAAGAGCAUUACUUCAAACCCUACAUCUCCAAGCUGUAUGAUAAAAAGAUUAUUAGAGGAGACUGCUUGUUGGACAUCUCAAGUUUUACAGACAACAAUAAAGCCUUGAAUAAAGAGUAUGAGGAGUAUGUCCUUACAGUUGGAGACUUUGAUGAGCGGGUGUUUCUUGGAGAUGACGCGGAAGAGGAGAUUGGGACCCCCAGGAAGUUUGUAGCAGACCUUCCUGUGAGCAACUGCACACCACGGAAACAGGUGGAAUCGAAUCUCCACCAGCAUUUUGAGAAGAGAAAAUCCUUUGCUCCAUCAACACCACUGACUGGUAGAAGAUACCUGAAAGAGAAAGAGGCUGUGAUCACUCCCGUAUCAUCAGCAACACAGUGUGUGAGCAAGCUGCAGAGCAUGGUGACUGGACUUCGAAAUGCUCCUAGUGAACAUCUUAUAAAUGUUUUUAAAUUAUGUGCUCGCAACCCCAUGGAUAAUAUAUUGAAUACUGUGAAGGACAUUGGGCAGCGGUUCUGCCAUCAUUACACUCAACCAUUUGGAGAUCAAACUGGUUCUCAUAUUGAUUUUGCUGUUAAUCGUUGGAAACUGGCAGAGAUUUUGUACUAUAAGGUCUUAGAAUCCAUUGUUGUCCAAGAAAUGAGGAGACUUCACGGGAAAGAUUUGACGGCUUUACUGGAGCAAGACCUAUUCCACCAGUCACUGGUGGCCUGCUGUCUAGAAAUUGUGCUUUUUGCUUACAGUUCUCCCCGUACUUUCCCUUGGACGAUUGAAGUUCUCAAUUUGAGUCCUUUUUAUUUCUACAAGGUCAUUGAAGUCUUUAUCCGAUCAGAGGAUGGCUUGUCACGAGAUAUGGUAAAACACCUUAACAGCAUUGAGGAGCAGAUCUUGGAGAGCCGUGCCUGGACAAGCGAUUCUGUUCUAUGGGAAUUGCUGCAGGCAUUUGAGAAUGUUCCAACUUGUGAAGAGGUUAUAAUACCAAGCAAUUUUGAAACUGGCAAUGAAGCCGGCUUAGGCCAUCUACCUAUGAUGCCAGCUUCACCUAUUAUUCAUCCUCGUCUGAAGGAAGUACGAACUGAUCUUGGAGGCUCUUCCAAGAGAGAUUCCCAACCGCUGUCUCCAUUGUCUGUUCACGAACGAUACAACUCUCCAGCUGCUGGUAGCGCCAAAAGGAGACUAUUUGGGGAUGAUUGUCCAAAGGAGUCACCAGUAGAGAGGUUACACACCACACCUGAAAUUACCAGAAUAAGAAUUGUCCCAACCCAGCCACCUGAACGUAUGUGUGUGUCUCCAGACAAAACUUUGUAUGGACAGAGACUGACUUUACCUAUAACAGGUACACAUAAUGAAAUUGCCUAUCAGCCUUCAAUAUUGCUGAAGACACACAGUGAAAAUGGCCCCUUGACGGCACAGUCCUUGAUUAGUCCCACAAAAUGGCAGGUUUGCAGAACACAAGACACAUGCCCAACUUUGGCCAGCAAGCCCAAGAGAACAGGGUCUCUUGGUUUGUUCUUCAGAAAGAUGUACCAUUUGGCCAGUGUUCGCUUAAGAGAUUUGUGUCUAAAGCUGGAUUUGUCGAAUGAUUUGAGACGCAAGAUUUGGACUUUAUUUGAAUACUCCCUGGUUCAUUGCACAGACCUAAUGAAAGAUAGACAUCUUGAUCAACUCCUCCUGUGUGCAGUCUACAUCAUGGCAAAGGAUCCAGACAACGAGGGCCUGUGUGUCCGUUGCUUUGCGGCUCCUCCACGGGAAACGCCUUCAGCUACGUCAACCACUCAAGAACCAGCUUCAGUUACUACAUUGACACAGAUUACAAAAGAAGAACAGCUAUUUCAGGACAUAAUGAAAUGUUACAGAAAUCAACCACAAGCACACAGUCAUGUGUAUAGAAGUGUGUUACUGAAAAGGGUGCAUCAAGAUCAGGAAGAAGGUGUUGGAGUCAGCCAAGAUGUGGAAAUGGUUGAUUGUGACUCCAAUGAGGCUCCGCCCUUCUCGACAAAUUCUGACAGUGGUGCUGGCGAUCCAGUGGAAAGAGGAGACUUGAUUACAUUUUAUAACAACGUCUAUAUGGAACGGGUGAAAUUAUUUGCACUAAAAUAUGCAGUCACCGCUAAUGAACAUUUGCCUGCAGCUCCACCGCUGUCCCCAUUCCCCAGCAUCAAACAGCAAGUUGUCUCUCCCCGUCGUGUGUCCCAACAGCAUUCCAUUUAUGUUUCUCCGCACAAGAAUACGAAUUGUCUCACGCCCUGCACAGCACUUCUAUAUAAGUUUAAUGGAAGUCCUUCUAAAAGUUUGAUGGAUAUAAACAGCAUGAUUAAACAAGAACAGAGGAGCAAAAAACGAGCAAUAACCAUAGACAGUGACUCUGAAUCUCCAGCCAAGCGAUUAUGCCAGGAAAAUGACGAUGCUCUGCUAAAACGCCUUCAGGAUGUUGUGAGCGAGAGGGCAAACCAUUAACUGCUAUUUUUCUUUCUGUAUGCAUUUUAAAUCCUAUAUAUUGUAUGCUUCAAAAGAAUAGGGAUAUUGCUGUCCAGUAAAAUCUGUGCAAGGUGAUAAGUUACAUGUCUUUUAUUUUACAAUCUUUUUGGUUCAUUAGAACUCUUCCGAAAACCAGGGAUUUCUGACCCAGUUUUGAGUCCGGUGUAAUGAUGGACAGAAAUUGUUUUCUUGAUGUAGUAAUCUAACGCAUCUUGGACAUUCAAUUUUUUUUUAGUAUUUGAGAUUUCUAUUUCAAGUUCACUGCCUUCUGCAUGUUUUAUUUAGAUCAUAGACACAAAUUGGCAUUCAUUAGAUAAAGUAGUGCUCUCGCUACACUCUGCUAAUAUGAAGUUUGUCUAAUACUCAUUGGUGUCACAUUCUUCAUGGUGGUUUAUCAGUGAUUUUUCUAUAGUGCCAACUUUUUACAGUUUUUACACAAAACAGUUUAUUUAAAGCUUUAGAAAACUUAAAUGUAAUCCUCCUGGCAAACCCCUUCUGUUUUGCAUAUUAAGUGAAUGUUGUGUAGCAUCUACACACUUUUUACGUAAUUUUUUUACGUAUUAACUUUUUAUGAGUUGUAUAUAAUUACUUCAUUUACACAAAUGUCUUUUUGGUAAGAUUCUUACAUGGAUUGGUAUCUGAAAGACACCCUUUAAGUCUCUCAGUGUUCUUGUGUCAUUUGUACACCUUUGUAUAUAUGUACAAUAAACUGUACACUGCUUUA